UGGAGACAAGUAAAAGAACGUAACACGUUUGUUCAGAGGCCAAGAGAGGAAAUGAUCACCAACACUGUUCUCCUGCUCUCCAUUCUCUCUCUCACAAGCAGCAGGGCAGAGAAUGCAGAAGAGCGGCUGGUGAACUACCUGUUGGGUCCAGAACGCUACAACAAACUGAUCAGACCAGCUGUCAAUAAGAGCCAGCAGGUCACCAUCUCCAUACAGGUGUCUCUGUCUCAGCUCAUCAGCGUAAACGAAAGAGAACAGAUAAUGACAACCAACUUGUGGCUAUUUCAGGAGUGGAAUGACUACAGGCUGAGAUGGGACCCAGAAAAAUAUGAAGGCAUCAAGAAACUGCGAAUACCAUCCAAACACAUCUGGCUUCCUGAUAUCGUGCUCUACAACAAUGCUGACGGCGUGUACGAGGUCUCCUUCUAUUGCAAUGCUGUGGUCUCCAACACAGGAGACAUCUUCUGGCUUCCCCCGGCCAUCUACAAGUCGGCCUGUGCGAUCGAGGUGCAAAACUUCCCCUUCGACCAGCAGAACUGUACUCUCAAGUUCCGCUCCUGGACCUACGACCACACAGAAGUGGAUCUAAUCCUCACAAGUGACUUUGCCAGCCGUGACGACUUCACACCAAGUGGAGAGUGGGAUAUCGUCUCCCUCCCGGCGCGCAAAAAUGAGGACCCCAAUGACAUCACAUAUCUAGAUAUCACCUAUGAUUUUGUGAUCCAGAGGAAACCGUUGUUUUACACCAUUAAUCUGAUCAUUCCGUGUGUGCUGAUCACGUCACUCGCGAUCCUGGUGUUCUACCUGCCGUCAGAUUGUGGGGAGAAGAUGACACUCUGUAUCUCAGUGCUGCUGGCACUCACUGUGUUCCUGCUGCUGAUAUCAAAGAUAGUGCCACCCACCUCUUUCGCUGUGCCGCUCAUAGGUAAAUAUCUGAUGUUCACCAUGGUGCUGGUCACUUUCUCCAUCGUGAGCACCGUCUGUGUACUCAAUGUGCACCACCGCUCCCCAUCCACCCACUACAUGCCUGAAUGGGUAAAACGCAUCUUCUUAGUCCGCCUGCCCACCUUCCUCCUCAUGAGGCGUCCAGGUUCUUCCAAUGUCCGUGAUAAACUUCGCCGCAAGUACGCCAACCAAAGUACUGUCGGCAAAAACUAUUCCCAGACUGGUACAGAGAAGAAGCCAUACUCAAACAUCAGACUUGGUGGGAUCCGUACAGACACCGACUCUUUCUAUGUGAAUGACGAUGUGGCACACAAAUUUUGCUGGAAGAUGGGCGACAUCCCAGAUGGGGGCAGUGGGUUUCCAGACUUCCGGAGGCGUCUGGCUGUUCAGUGGGAUGCAGAUCUGGAGGAGGCAGUGGGUGGAGUGAAAUACAUAGCUGAGCACAUGAAGACAGAGGACGACGAUGAAGGGAUCAUAGAGGACUGGAAGUAUGUAGCUAUGGUGAUAGACCGUCUCUUCCUGUGGAUCUUCAUCCUGGUGUGUGUUGUGGGAACUCUGGGCCUCUUCAUGCAGCCGCUAUUCCAAAGCUAUAACACACCCACUGCUGAUGACACAGAGUAUGGAGAUUUCUAGGAUUUCUGUGACAUGAGAAAGAAAACAGGCAACCAAGCGUCACAGAAGGUAUAACAGAAGCUGCAGGAGGUCUGACUCUGAUCUGCCUUUGUCGGUUGGAUAGAUAACAUAACAAGCCUAAUCACUGGUACACUGGUUGUGUUUGCAGCAGUGGACCUUAAACAAAGACAGAAUCGUACUGGAUCACUUUUAAUGUUACUGCAUGGCUUCUAUGUUUGAUGGACUUUCUUUCAUCCAAGCUUUGCCAGCAGCACAUGCAUGGCAACCUUGAUGCGCUUUUUAUAACUUAGAACUAGAUGACAUUGUCAUGGAGCCAAAUACUGCCAAUAGACUGUUGCACACUAUUUUCCCAGGAUUUAACUUUCCCAAUAUAAAGAACAACCACAAAAAUGGCGAUACGUACUUGUAAUUUUUUGUCUGUGUUUCAUUUUGGACUGACUGUUCUGCUGAUGGAACAGUUAGAGCAGUGUGCAUUGGAGGCACAAAGGUUCAUUAUCAGCACUGCUCCUUUAAGGUAUUCUCUCCUCUGCAGCAUUGUUGAUGUGAAAAAUAAAUCACUGUAAGACAUUAUAACAAUUGUUAAUAUUAGCACAGUACAUAUAACAAUCUAUAAUUUCUUGAUUCUCUACACUUCUUAAACUGAGCUUUGUAACAAAGCAAGGGCACUUUUUCCUAUUCACAUUUUCACUCCAUAAAAGCAUUGAGACACCGCCUCUCUGUCCUUUUCUUGUUCUGCUUCAGAGCUUUGCGUCUCAUCUCCACUGUCCACCUCCCAAACAGUGUUGUAAUCGUUAAUGCAUUGUCUUCUGUUGACGAAUUCCCCUCUUCCUUCUGUUAUUCGUUUAUUUUCUCUCCUUUGUUUGUCAUGUCACAUCACAAUUGUAGCACCACCAGGUUACAUACAGUAUUAAAAAUAACUGUGACACUGACUGUGUUCUAUUCUACAUGUUGAA